AUGUCAAAUUCAAUGGAUGAGAUAUUGAUGAAUAGUGAGACUGAAAAUGAAGAGAACAAAGACAGGCUCAGCGAUUUGCCCGAUUCCAUUCUCCUUCACAUUUUGUCAUUCAUGAAUGCCGUAUUAGCCGUUCGAACUUGCAUUUUAUCCACAAGAUGGAAGGAUCUCUGGAAACGCCUUCCAACCCUUAUUUUUCAUUCACAAGACUUUUUGUCAUCGCAGAGUUCCUAUGUAUUCCAAUAUAGGUUUUUGACUGGUCGCGAUGACUCAACCGCGCUGCAAGAUCUUGAUCUUAAGUAUAUUGAUUCUGAGAGUAUGGGUCCCAUUCAGCCUCAGGUCAUUGUAAGGAUGGUAUACUAUGCUGUUUCGCACAAUGUCCAGCGAUUAGGAAUCUAUAGCGAAUCCAGCUUUUUCGGCCUCCUGGCUGUGCUGCCUUGCAUUUUCACAUGCCAUACUUUAACAUCUCUUAAGCUCAUACUUGGUCCUGAUGUUCCGCGUAAUGAUACUGUUAGCUAUUUAUUCCCUGAAUCUAUGAAUCUUCCCGCAUUAACCACCUUGCAUCUGCGAAAUUUCACCUUUGGCUCAAGCAGCAAUGGUCGUGCUGACCCAUUUUCGGGGCUUAACAGGUUGAAAAGUUUGAUCAUUGACCAAUGUAACCUAAAGGAUACACGGAUCCUCUGCAUAACAAGCAUGACGCUUGUCAGUUUAACUCUGCAUAAUCAUCGUCCUUGUUCUCCUCGACAUAACUACUACAAAGCUGAGCUAUGCACACCAUGUCUUCAUAGGUUUGCUUGCACGGAGUGUCCUUCUCAUUACCUCUAUGGGAGCGGUCUUUCUUCAGUUAAGGAAGUGAACAUUGGUGCAGAUUUGUGCAUGUAUAACUCAGAGCCUCCUCGGAUUCUACUUAGCUGGCUGCGGGAUCUUCUUAAUAUAACUUCAUUGACUGUCACUAAAAGAACUCUUCAGGUUCUUUUCUUAGUUCCUGACUUAUUGAAGAUUAAGCUCCCUUCAUUGGCUAACUUGAAGAGAUUGAAAGUGGUGAUGAUGAAAAAUAGAGAGAGAGCAGCCAGUUGA